AUAUUAAUAUUCUGUUAGUGUUUAUGUUAAUAUAAAAAAAAUGAUUCUUUUAAAAUUUAUAUCAUUAAUCCACAUUCAUUUAACGCUUGGAUUAUCCUUUUAUUAUUUACAGUGUAAUUUUAUGAUGUAUAUGUUAAAUUAUUUUAGUCAUAACAAUCAAUAUUUAAUGGAAAUGAGUAAAAAUAUAAAAAAAUAUGAUGUGCUUAGUUUAAAUAAGUAUGGCGAUGCAAUAAAAACUCAUGGAGAAAUCGUACUAGUAAUGUUAGAUGUUUUAAGAGAAGCUGAUAUAACAUUAUACUCAACAGAAUUGAUGUCAGUAAAUUUAUACUUAAACAACGUAUCCGAAUAUGUAAAUUUUUAUGCUAGAAAUAAUGAAGGAAUAUAUGAUUUGUCGGAUCAAACAUCAAGCAUUCUUAAAGGUUACAAGAUUGUUCAUGAUUUUUUUUUAGAACAGUUAAAGAAAAAGAUAUUAAAACUUUGCAGAAAUGUGAUAUAUGACCAAAUAUUUAUUUAUUGCCCCGAUUACAACAAAUCAGGAGAAUAUACUCCCGAAAAUAUUCAACAUGUUGCAAAAAAACUUAAAAAUCGAUUAAUGCAAACUGAUAAGCAACAAAACAACACUGAUUAUUACAUAAAAAAAUUAGAAUAUAGUAUAGUAUACAAUACUUUUAAUAAAGCUAUUAAAAGAUCUAAAUAUUGGGAGCUUUUACCAAAAAAUUUAAUAUUUUAUGACUUAAUAACCAGAAAUUGUGAAAUUUCUGAAAAAGAAAUAAUGAGAGGUUCUCAGGAUAAACAAUAUCCAUUGUUCAUAAACGGACGAAAUGAUAAUGUCUUAGAUAUAAUUCGAUUUACACCACUUGCAAUAAAAUGUAAAGAUAAAAGUAGCUUGACUCUUUUUGAUAUAUUUAGAUACGUCAAGUAUACUUUUUAUAGAAAAGAUAUAGAAGUAUUUCAUACACUAAUGCUAACAGCAACAUUUCGUCCUAUCGCUAUACUUGUAAGACUCUUCAUUAGAGUUCUUAAUUCAUCAAAUUACAUUUACGAUGACUUUAGUAACCAAGAAGAAUAUUUAAAAUUGUAUACAAAUAUUAUUUCUGUUGGUGAAAGAAUAAUUGAAUGUUUUCAAAACUUUAUCGAUAUGAAUCUAUUUGGUGACGGCCCUAGUAAAGUCUUUUCUAAAUUUUUUAUGAAUACUUCUGAAUGCUUAUGGUAUUUUAGGAAUAAAAAUAUACCAAAUCUCAAGUCAUCAACUAUAAAAUUGAUGGAUGCAUUAAAAUCAUUUUUUUAUAAAAACAGAAUUGACUUUAUUGAUCUACCUGAAAUCUUUGCAAAGGAUAUUUUCAACAAUUUAUUUAAUGAAUUAAUAGUUAACCUGAAACAAGUAGAAGCAUUUCUAAUAAAAUUAAACUCUCAUAAGGAAAUCUUUGAAGUGACUACAAAAUCUUUUGAUAUUAAUCACAUGUUAAAUAUAAAAUACACAUGUGUUUUUAAUAGAUUUAUAUUAGAUGAGUUAUGUAAAACUACAGAUAUUUACACAUUAUUAUAUAAAUUCAACGAUGAUUAUGUCAAACAAAUCAGUGAAUUCAAAGAACAAAGUGCAGCCAUUGAUGAUGAAAAUAGAAACGAAAUUAUUAGUCAUCAAAAUCAUUCUGAAAAAAGUAUAAAUGAUAGUGAUAGAUACAAAUUAAAUAAAUGCUAUAUUUAUCCUAGAUACUUGUUAAAUUACAUAUUGUUUAUAUAAAUUAUAUUAAGUAAAUAACUGAGAAAGUAUUAAAUAAUUUCGAUAUUAGAAUAGUAUAAGUUUUAACACAGUAACAGGCAAUUUUUAAAUUCUUAAGUUAUAUAAUAAUGUCAUAUAAAGGGAAAAUGUAGGGUAAGCAAAUUAACAAUGGUGGAAAUAUGUAAGAGGAAACAUGAAAAUUAAUGGGGAUUGAACGUUUUGACUAAGAAAGGUCUAGUUACGGGUCUAGACAAUUAGUGCUUGUAACUUUGUAUUUUGAACGACUUAAUUUAUAUUGUGUUACAUUUUAAUAUUGUAUUUUGAUUUUGUGUUUAUUAAGUUCCCUUAAUAAAAGAUAACUAUUCAAAAACCUA